GGCAGCGAAGGUCUCUCCAAACUCUGAAAUGUGACUAACCUUGACGGGUUGCUGUUGCGAACAGACAGGCUGGACAUAUUUUCUCAUGCUCAGGGCGGACUGCCAGGUGCAGAACACUGACUUAUCGGCUUAAAACUGAAAAGAUGAAAACCAAGAGGGACGACAUCAUUUUUCAGACUCUCCUCUUGAUCCACAUCCCUGUGGCCUGCUUCUUCACUGCAGUGUCAUGUCAGGCUGAGAGCAGCAGCGUGGUUGUGGCAGGUUAUAAUGUGAGCUCCCGCGCUGGUUCAAAGCUGGUGCUGCAGUGUGUGAGCAGCCGGAUGGUGUGGACCAGGGACAGGGUGAGAGACAGGCAGAGGGUGGUCCACUGGGAUAUGUACCGGGCUUAUCCGGACUACGCCAUGGAAAGGGUAGUGGACAUGUUCUCAGCAGGAGAACAAAGGAUGUACAACUCCUACAAUCUGGGCAGGGUUGGUCUCAACCCGACAGCCUUCAAAGAUGGAAACUUCUCCCUGGUUAUCAAAGAUGUGACGAUGAAUGACCGAGGUCUGUACUCCUGCAACCUCCACCAUCUCUACUGCAACUUUUACGAGACAGUCAGAGUCCAGCUCAAUGUCACUAAAUCACGCCGUAAAGAACAGCGAUACUGGAAUGGGCAUAAUGCCGUGUUCGUGGUGCUGCUUGGGAGCACUGCAGUGCUGCCGUGCACCAACCGACGUAGUGUGUGGACAGACUGGAGCGACCAGGAGGAGGAUCAGCAGGUGGUUCACUGGGACCGUCAGGCUCCAGGAAUUUCCCAUGACCGAGCUGACCGGCUUGUGGACCUGUACGCCUCUGGGGAGCAGCGGAGCUAUGGACCUCUGUUCCUUCAGAGGAAGAUGAAUAUCAGCAAUCACGCCUUCUCCGAAGGAGACUUCUCACUCACCAUAUCUGACCUGCAGCCAGCAGACCAGGGGCUGUAUUCCUGCCACCUCCACCAUCAUUACUGCGGUCUCCACGAGAGAAGAGUAUUUCAGGUCACAGUGGAGCCUUCGCUGGUUAAGCCAACAAUGCCGGCUAAAUCACCGCCCAGCGAAGACAAGGAGACAGCUAAGGCUGAAUCACCGCGAGUCAUCACCGUCAUCUUGCCUGAGCAAAGGCACCACUUUCUCCUGCCUCUGGGCUACGUCCUCACCUCCUUCCUGCUCCUGGCAUUUGUUGUCCUCAUCAUCGUUGUCAUCUUACGACGACGCACGACCAAAGAAAUGUAUCCUCAGUCGUAUAUGGGGCCCAGCAGAAGUCAGAGCUGCUCAGAUGAGUUUGAGAUGGACGUUACUGAGGUGAAUGUGUGCAGCCCGGAGGAAAGAAGAUUCGACUACAAGAACAACCUGCUGAAAGAAAAAGCCCACGUGAAAACUCAGCCAAAAUUCAUUGAUCUCGACAAAGAGAUGCAGAAGUUCUCUAAGUGAAAUAAAAGAAGUGGAACUGGAGUCACUGGCUGGUCCAGAGGCUGCGCUCCAAGCUAAACACCUCCAUACCGUCUUCUGUCCUGUCAGGAGAGAUGCCGCAGAGAGAAACGCAGUGUUGCAAAAAUCUGUGUUGUGACAUUCAGAAAAAGAACACUGAGGUUUUGUGUUGCCAAAUUGUAGAUAUUAGAUACAAACAGGACUGUGAAAAAGUAUACGCCCCCUUCCUCAUUUCUUAGUUUGUUUGUGUAUUUGUCACACUUACACUUACAAAUUUUACUAUUAGACA